GGUAGAGGGAGCAUACAUACCCACAGCCACAGCCACAGCCUACCGUCGGCCAUGUCUGAUGUCUCGCACAGCAGCCUCUCAGUUCGGCGUGAAAGUACGACUGGCCGGCUUGCCGAGCGGAGACUCGCCCUCGUGCGCCCGCGAGUUAUACGUUGUCGGCAUAGACAUGGUCGCUGUGCAUGGUCGAGAGCCGCCUAGCGCGACUUCUUCAAUCUCCGCGCCGCCAUCCCUAAGUGCUCUUCAAACCUCAUCCCACCAUGUUCUUGAUAACAGGCGCUUCCCACAAGUCGCACUUGCUAUCCUCCCUCAUCCCAAAGCAUAUGCGCUACCCCCGCUCGUGUCCAGAUACUGCGUUGGCGUUUCGAACGGCAAAACGGGCGGGACGUUGAAGGAACCGUUUCAGCAGGCGCAUGCUCUCGCUUUCGCUUCGAGGGGACGGCAUUGUCAUCGCCGUUGUAGUCGGGCUGCGAGAAGUGAACGCGGAGAGUCGCGGGGACAGGGUGCUGGCGGGGGUGGUGGGCGUUGGCUCGGAACCUCGGCGGUCCAGGUUGUCGCCUCCGAUGGACUCAGGUAUUGACAUGGGAUUAUUGGGUGGCUUGUCUGGUCCUGGAUCUGGAAUGUCGACGGCAUCUAUCAGAUGUUUGGGCGGUAGGUCGCUGCGCCGUCGCGA